GUUGUGUUUAUUGCUUUGGUUUUUAUUUAAUUUGUGUUAUCAUUAAGCUUGCAAAUUGACCACCUGCAUGCCUGACCAUGGGUAUUACCGGCCUGAUACCAUUUCUGGAGAAGGCAUCGUCGAAGCUGCAACUGAAAGACAUACGCGGUAGCACCGUCGCUGUGGACACUUAUUGUUGGCUGCACAAAGGUGUCUUUAGUUGCGCGGAAAAGCUAGCCCGCGGCGAGGACUGCGAUCAGUACGUGCAGUACUGUCUGAAGUACAUACAGAUGCUACUCUCUUACGACAUCAAACCAAUUCUGGUAUUUGAUGGUCAGCAUUUGCCGGCAAAGGCUUUGACCGAGAAGCGGCGGCGAGAGUCGCGACAGCAGAGCAAGCAACGGGCAGCAGAACUCCUGCGCCUGGGUCGUGUGGAGGAAGCACGCUCCCAAAUGCGUCGCUGUGUGGAUGUUACCCACGAGAUGGCCCUCAGACUGAUACGCGAGUGCCGGAAUCGCAAUGUGGACUGCAUUGUGGCGCCUUACGAGGCGGAUGCCCAGAUGGCCUGGCUCAACAAGGCCAACAUUGCCCAGUACAUAAUCACCGAGGACUCCGACUUGACGUUGUUUGGCGCAAAGAAGGUUAUCUUCAAACUGGACCUAAAUGGCUGCGGUCUGCUGGUGGAGGCGGACAAGCUCUACCUGGCAAUGGGCUGCACGCAGGCGAAGUAUCAUUUUGACAAGUUUCGACGCAUGUGCAUACUGUCGGGCUGUGAUUACCUCGACUCACUACCGGGCAUAGGUCUGGCCAAGGCUUGCAAGUUCAUGCUGAAAACGGAACAGGACGACAUGCGGAUAGCAUUGAAAAAGAUUCCAAGCUACCUCAAUAUGAGCAAAUUGGAGGUGGACGAUGACUACAUUGAGAACUUUAUGAAAGCCGAGGCCACCUUCAAGCACAUGUUCAUCUACAAUCCUCUGCAGCGUCGCAUGGAGCGACUUUGCACUCUUGAGGAAUACGAGACAGAUGAAAGCUACUGCAGCAAUGCUGGCACUUUGCUGGAAGAUAGCCAUCUGGCUCUGCAUUUAGCUCUAGGGAAUUUGAAUCCGUUUUCGCUCAAACGCCUGGAUAGCUGGGAGCCCGGCAAAGCACUUGCUGCUCCCAAAAAUACUAAACGUACCAAGCACAAAAGUAUUUGGCUAUCAAAUGUAUCAUCUGUACAGAAUCAAGGAAAUGAACAGCCGGAAAAGGUGCAAUCACCUUGUGCUUUGUUCUUCAAGAAGGUGGAUUUUGUUGGUCCAACGAUAGAUGAGGAAAUCAAGGCCAAUGAGCGACUGGAGCAGGCUAAGCAAACGGAAGCGCAAGUCUUUUCCAUGUACAGCUUCAAAUCGAAGCGGAGAAGAAGUCCAAGCGGUAGUGGGUCUACGGAUAGAGAACGCACACCGCCCCCAUCGCCAGUACAUACGAGAAGUCGUCACAAUCCCUUUGCCAAGGAACGCACAGGACAGGAUUCGCUGCUACGGUCCCCAGUUGUCUGUGAGAAUAGUUCUUUGCUGCGUCUGCUAAGCCCAAAGAAAUGCAGUCCCGGCGGUGAAGGAGCGGAGGAGACGCGUGUGAGUUCCCUAAAGCGAAGCAUCUUUGCCAAGGAGCAGGUGGAGGUGCGUAGUCGCUUUUUUACCACUCAAGCGGAACAGGCAACGCUGCGGCAGGAGCAGCUGAAAGAGGAGGAGUCGCCACAAGAGUUGGGAUCAAGUGGCUCCAACAAGAAAUUAAGACUGGAAACGAAAACGAAUGCAUUUACUGAGCCUACAGACAUGGUACUCUCCGAAGAGGAUGAAAAGCCAUGUUUAAAUGCUUCUAGCAAUAAAAUGAAGCCAUCAUCAGAAAGUGUUCAGCUUGAAGACAGCAAGGAUAUUCGUGUUAAAUCCUUUGACAUACUAGCGGGAGAGCCUCAGGAGCCGGCCUCUUCAGACACCAUCAAUUUGCUGUCUGAUGACAGCUGCAGUUCGGAAGCAACGCUCCCCAGCAGCCAGGAAGCUGCCGUUCAACGCAACAAUUUCUUUGUGUCCAGCAAACGACGCGUGGGCCUCACCAAGCCGACCAGCACCAGCACCACAACUGCCAAAAGGGGUUUGUCCAAGUCCAAGAACAGCAAACUGGGCACUUCCUCCAGUCCAAAUCAAACCAAGCUCAGCAUGUUCGGCUUCCAGAAGAGGCCUGUUCUUAAAUAACGGCCAUUCCUGUUCACCUUUGUGCACUUAGUUCUGUAAGCUAAUCUAAUUUAUUAAAGUGAGCGAGCGACGACAACAGA